CAAAAAAAAAAUAGACAUCAAAAUCAGUGUGAAGUCGAAACGGGUACAAUGGGAGAUUCGAAGAGGAAGAGCGAGACGGAGAAGAUAGAGAAGGUGGAGAAGAAAGAAUCAGGAUCCGUCGGUUUCACAGAGCUACGUGACGAUCUCUUCCGUGAAGCAGCAAAACUCGUCUCCGAAGAUCCCUCCACCAAAAUCGCCAUCUUAGUUACUCCUCCUUCCUCCGAAUCGGACGUCUCUAUGCAUGCCUUCGGCUAUCCCUCUGUCGAAGGCGUGGUUCAAACUUUCCUCGAGGACAACUCUCCUGUUCCUGUACCAGAGAAUGCUAUGGAGGAGAUGGUGGAUGACGAUGACGAUGACGAGGAGGAUCCGUCGCCUCAACGAUUUUGGUGGGAAGAUGAUAAGCUGAUGAAUUCGACGAAUCCAGAGCAAUUGAAGGCCGCCUGUGACGAGAUGUUGAGACUGAGGAACCAUUUGAGAGUCAUAAAGAGAGGUCAAGGUUCUGGGAAUCACGAGGAUCUUCACAAACCCUAAGGCGGUUGCAUUCUCUUAUCGCCGGCGAAUCGUUUUAGGUUUUGAUAGCUAUGAUGUUGCACUAAAUUAUAUUAGUUGCUAAUUCUGAUCGGAUUAGGAGUUUCAAGUCCAGAGAUUAGGGGUUUAUUAUCUUAUGGCUUAUCUGUUGGUAGCUAAACUAUAAUG